AUUCUGUUGUGCUUGUCACUGGGCAGCUUUUCUGUCUUAUCGAUUGCAAGCACACCCGAAAAAGGAAGGUGAGCUUGGAAAAGUGGUUUAUCGUCGAAGAUCUAGUUUUAAUCAUAUCCACGGACAACGCGAGGAAGAAAAAAAUGCAAUAAGUGGUUGUUAUGGCUUAAUUGCACCAAAUUACAGCGACUUUUAUAUAUCAAACGACUCUAGACAAAAAGCUCCAACGUUGUUAAAUCCCGAGCGAAGGCACUUAAAUUAUAGGCGAGUAGUGUUUCAUUGAAGAAGCUGACAAAAACAAACACAGCUCUAAAAAGAAAUCGUGUUUUACGAUAUGGUGACGAAAAAGAAAGGCUUUUACUUAACGGUGUUUGGUAUGAUGUUGGUAAUAUGCCGAGGUUAUUGUUUUGGAGAACCUCAAAGCCCCGAAGAGAAGGAUUUUGUCGAUGGUCAAGAACGACUUUUCCAAAAGUUUCUCAAUAAGAGCAAUAAUAGAGUUCGGUCAAUUCCUAUAUCGUCGAACAACAAGUCAGUGAUUGUGGAAUUUGGUUAUGUUGUCAUCAAUAUUGUUGAAGUGAAUGCAAAGGCACAGUUCAUCAGAAUGUAUGGAUGGGUUUCACAGCGAUGGAACAAUUCACGAUUGACUUGGAAUCCUGCAGACUUUGGUGGAGUCGAUGAAAUUGCUGUUAGACCGAACGAGGUCUGGGUACCCGAUAUUUUGCUGUACAACAACAUAGACCAUCAAGAUCGCCAUGCCGGAGGUCGAAAUUCAUACAAGACAGAUGUUGUCGUGAAGAGCACUGGAGAAAACUUCUGGCAUAAUCCGUCUCUGUUUAAAUUAGUCUGUCAAAUAAGUGUCAUCUACUUUCCUUUAGACGAGCAAAACUGUACUUUGAAGUUCGGUUCGUGGACUCAGGACAAUAGUAGGCUGCAACUGAGGCCAAUGCCGAUCAAAUUUCCAUCUACGUACUACACGGAGAAUGGAGAGUGGACAGUUACAAAAAUGUGGAUGUGUCGGAAAAGGAAAAAAUACCAGUGCUGCCAACGUAAAUUUGAUCACAUCGAGUUUUUCAUUAAAAUGAGGAGAAAUGCAAGUGACUAUCUCAUUAAUUUAAUCAUUCCAUGCUGUCUCAUCUCGUCAAUGAUAUUCCUCGGGUUCAUACUCCCCCCGGAAUCGGGUGAACGAAUUGGCUUGAGCAUCACCGUCCUACUAGCCAUGACCGUUUUUCAGCAGCUUACUUCAGAAAUAAUGCCAUCGUACGAUUUCCCGAUACUCGGACAGUAUUACUUUGCCAUUGUUCUCGAGAUAAGCACCUCUAUAGUUGCCACUACUUUGAUUUUGAAUUUCUACCAUCGCACGCAUCGCCAAAUGCCGUACUUAAUAAGAAGGGUGGUCUUGGAAUGGACGUCGCGGCUGGUUUUCCUACACGAUGAGGUUAAGAAGAUGUAUGGAAAAAAUAACCGCAGGACAAACGAAGAAAACCGAGUGAAUCUCGAAUCAAAGUACGACAACAAGGCUAAGGACUCCCAAAGAAAGAGCUUUCGCGCAACCACUCGAAGAGGCAGAGCUAGAACUGAGGGUGCCACCGGCCUGGAGCUUGAACACUUCGACAAGUACAGCGAUAUUAGUGAGCGUUACAGUGCCGAACAGAAUGCAGACACCGACACCACACAGACUCUUUACGGCAUCAAUGUAUAUCCCAAGUUCAACAUUGCUACUGGUAAGAGUGGAGACGUAAGAGAAGGCAAAACAUUCACAGGUUGCUGUACAGACGAUAGCCAAGACAUCAGCGAUGAAGAACGCGACCUUAGAAAGUGUGAGUGGACUCUGGCUGCACGAAUUCUGGAUCGGUUUGUGCUUGUUUUAUCCAUUGUUAUUGGUGUAGUUACUGUGUCGGCAGUGUUUCUGAGAGCUCCGGCUUUAUGGAGCUUUGAAAAAGACAUAUCAGACCUAGCACAUCCCGCACAAGAUAUUACCAAAAACUGUACUAAAGACGAAUAGCAAUGAAUCUAGGAUCACUUGAGUGGAACGAAAAGAAAUUAUCUCCUCACCAAUGCCUCAAAAGGGAGGAAAAGAAGCAAGUAUAUUCUUUGAAGUUUGAAGCAUAUCAGUCAUAAUAUAUCGUUUAAUUAUCAUUAACCAAAUUAAUACUGUCUGUCAAUAAUACCUCGAGCUCCCGAGAUCAUCCUUUAGUUAAAUAAAUAAAAUACAGUACUUACCCGCUUAUAAAGAACAGAUAACAAAGUGGCGAUUGUCGCGCGACAAUCGCGCUGCAAAAAUUUCAAGUGUAAACGGGCCUUAAGAACCUGCAGUUUAAGAACUUUUUAUAGCCUAAAAAUAUCAAUUUGGACCCUAUUUACACAAGAACCUAUUUAGCCUAAAAUUUGAAACAAGUUCUUAUAGAUAGGUUCUUAAAGAAAUAAACCUAAAAAAAACAUUUUUAUAAAAAAAACUAUAAUGAACUUGAACAUGUGUACACAUGUGUAUAAAUUUGGUAUAAAUAAUGUUUGAAAAUUUUCAUUACAUAAGGAAUAAAUAAACCUGCAUGGCCUAAAAUUCCACUAAGCACCAUUUACAUAAGAACCCGUUUAGGCUAAAUGUGAAAAAAUGGGCCGUUCUUAUAAGCGGGUAAGUACUGUAACUAUUUACUUUGCUAUAGAGCGGAUUUCGUAUGAGUGGGAAAAGGACGGUACUGUACUGUGACCGUAAUCGUACUGUAACCAAAUUCUAGUGCCCCAUUGUUUCACCAAAAUUGUGAA